UCCAGUUGGACACUGAUUUCGGCCAGUUUCGGUUCUAGUCGGAAAAGAUUCCACCCCAUGGACUUUAUUGCAAUUCUGGACAAGUGCGGAAACUAUGGGAAAUUCCAGGUUGUGAUCCUAUUGCUGUAUGGCUAUACGAAUAUUCUCGGAUCGCUGCACUAUUUCUCGCAGACUCUCAUCACCUUUACGCCCGAGCAUUGGUGUGCCCACGAAGAUCUCACGGGCUUUGGUGUGGAGGAGCUGCGAACGGUGUACUCGAAUGUCUCGCAACCAUCCUGCACGCUCCUCGAGGAUGUCAUUAAUGGCACGGGCAUUGCCUCGGAGCAUGGUGUCUGCACCGAUUGGAUAUUCAUACGGGAGAGCGGCUUCGAGAGCAUCACCACGGAGGUGACUAAUCCAUGCCCUGCAACUUGGGCAUCAUCAUCAUCACCAUUUUCCACCUUUCAUUUUCAGCUGAAUUGGGUCUGUGAUAAGUCCCACCAGCCCGCUCUGGGACAGUCCUUGUUCUUUAUGGGCUCCGUGGUGGGCACUUUGACCUUUGGCUUCCUGUCGGAUCACAUUGGUCGCCUGCCCUCCUUGCUGCUGGCCACCCUGUGCGGGGCGGCGGGUGACUUUAUGACCUCCUUUGUCUACACUUUGCACUGGUUUGCAGUCGCCAGAUUCGUUUCGGGUCUCUCCACGGAUACCAUGUACUAUCUGAUGUACAUCUUGGUCUUUGAGUACCUAAGUCCUAAAAGUCGUACCUUCGGCCUCAACAUCAUCCUGGCUGUUUUCUACUGCUUUGGACUGAUGACUUCGCCCUGGGCCGCCAUCUGGAUUGGCAACUGGCGUCGCUACCUCUGGCUGGCCUCGUUGCCCGCUCUGGGAGUCCUGGUAUAUCCUCUGCUCAUCUGCGAGAGCGCCCAGUGGCUGCUCACCAAAAAGAAGUACGACGAGGCGGUGGCCUGCCUCAAGCGAGUUGCCAAGUUCAAUGGCAGACAAGUGGAGGACUCCGCCUUCGACGAGUUCGUGAAGUACUACCGCGAGAAGACGAUCGAGGAGGAGAAGGUGAACAGCCAGGAGGACACUUUUCUGGGAAUGUUCAGGACCCCCCGCCUGCGUCGGUUUACACUGACUUUGCUGCUGAAGUCGGUCAUAAUCACGCUCUCCUGCGAUGUAAUAAACCGAAACAUGGAGGGUUUGGGCACGUCUCCCUUCAAGCUGUUCUCCUUCACAUCGAUCGCCUAUCUGCCCGCCGGAGUGGCCAUCCUCCUGCUGCAGAACAAGAUCGGACGCAAGGGCAUGGCCUGCACGGCUCUCCUUGCCGGUGGAAUCAUCACCACGGCAACGGGCUGCCUCAUAGCCUUUCUCGAUCCCCAGCAGAAUGCCGUCCUCCUGGCCAUCAUGGUGGCCCUGGGCCGCUUCGGAGCCACCGUCUCCUACGACGCGGAGAUCCAGUACGCGGCGGAGAUCCUCCCCACCAGCGUCCGGGGAAGAGCUCUGUCCAACAUCCAUGUGGCGGGUCUGGCCUCCAGCUCCGUGGCAUUCUAUGUGAUCUACCUGGCGCAAUACUACAAGCCCCUGCCAUCGAUCUUCAUCAGCUGCCUGAUGUUCUUUGGCGCUGGCCUAUGCCUCACGUUGCCAGAGACAUUGGAUAAGAAACUUCCAGAGAACCUGGCGGAUGGUGAGAGCUUCGCCUUGAACGAAAGUUUCUUUUACUUUCCCUGCUUUCACAGAAGACAAAAACCCAAAGAAAAUGCUGUUGAUACUGCCUAAAAUAUAUCACAGAGCGAUGAUUUGUUUGCUUUUAAUAUUUGUAGAGAAUUAAGUGGCAGCGUAUUAUUAUAAUCCGAUAACUGCUGAUUGCUUUCA